AUGCAAGUGUUGAGAGCAAAUACACCUCUCAGCAGAAAAUUGGAUGAGUUACUCGAAUGCAAUCAUGAACCUCGUUCGGAAGGAGUUACGGAUACAACAAGUACUAAUUUCAAUACAAUAACAACGAAAAAUCAGAAUGAAGAGAUAAAUCAUGCAUCAUCCAUAACACAUUUUGCAAUAUCCCAGGUCAAUAAUCACACUCUCAUCGACGAUCAUAAAUCAUUUAUUGUAAUCUCAAAAGAAUUUUUCUCUCUUUGUAUUCAUAUUUCUAGCUACAUUUGGGCGAAGACUAUUUUUCUAUUAUUUGACUAUGACAAAUAUUACAAAAAUUUAGCUGUUGAGGCUUAUUUAGACCACUUUGCAUUUAUUCUAGGAAAACAAAAGGCUGAAAUUAUUGAAGACAGUAUGGAGUGUAUUGAGGACGAAGCAAGCAUAACAAUAGAGCAGCCGAAUUCUUCUCUCAUUAUUAUACUGUUUACCGUAUUGGUAAUUUUUGAUAUCGAGUUUUUUCAUCCUUUAUUUUCUGCUUUGUGUUUAAUAAUACUUUUUUUAUUGGUGGUGAAAUUUAGAGAAUUUGAGAAUACCAUGUACCUAUUGAAGGAUCAAAAUCAUGCCACCCCAAAUAUUUUGAAGCGAGCUGUUCGAUCGAUGCAAGUUUACUCAAAGAAAUGCAGAGAUGUUUUAAAAACAAUCAAAGAAGUUGAACUCACCGCUCGCGGAUACUUUAUCGAUAAUCUUCACAAUGCACCCAUUUCGAGAAUAGAGCUUAAUACUCCAGAGAGCAUGUUGAGAUGCAAAGAAAUGAGAAAAAAUCUUGUUGAAUCUUUGACUUCAACUAUCAAGCUAAAGAAUAGUGUGUUGUAUAUCAUUCAAACGGUUCAAGAUAAGGAAAUUCCUCAACUCGAAGAAAUUUCUAUGUUUAUCAAUAGUAUUUCAGGUAAUAGCAUUUCAAUAAUUACCGAAUUAACACAAAUCAACAGUGACAUUGAUGAUUUUUUGAUAAAUGCGCUGAUAACAACGUGCAAGAAUCACAAGGAGCUAAGCAUGAAAUCAAAAGAAAAAUUUAUGCACGAAUUAUCUGAGAAGGGCAAAAUUGGUUCACUCUCAAUCAAAAUUGUUGAAAAAAUUGAAAAGCUCUCCAAAGCCACAGAAGAAUCAGAUUAUGACCAAUUCAACCAAUACAAAAAAGAAAUUGAGAGUUCGAUGGAUAGUAUUCGAUCUUAUCUCUAUUUAAUAACUGAACAAAAUCAAACAGAAGAACAAUUUCAACAAACCGAAAGUUCUCUUUUUAUCUCUGUACACAAUUUGAAGUAUAAGAUUGGAGCUUUUUGUAAACAAGUAAGCUCACACAAAUUUCCUAAACCAUUAUCACAAAGCAUAUCGAGCAAGGAGAUUGAUGAGUUGUUUGAAGACUUUUCUACAAUUCCUAUCCAAGAAGCUUCCAAAGAAUAUGACAGAAAAUUUUACCAUGAAGAAGGUUUCAAUACGAGUUCAGAAUCAGAGGCUCAUUCAGAUGAUCCAAACGUUAUGAAGGUUUAUGAAUUUGAGAAUGAGUCGGAACCAAAAGAAAGUGCUUUUCAAAACAUUUCAAGUGAACCUCGGCUGAGAAUGCCACCGCUCAUGCCGAUCCAUCGUUUAAAGUUGCCGUCGUCUCAUUCAACAAUGUUGAGUGUGGAUUUAUCUAAGAGUAAUUACCAAAGUGACAACAACCUUGAGAGCGACCUUAAUGAUCUCAAUUCGUCACCCAACAAGACCGUUUCACCAUUCAAAAGAGAACUCAAGCAAGUUGUCAUGAAACGAAAACAGGAAUUGCAAUUCAUCAAAACAAAGCUCUCCAAUCAACAGCCAUCUCAACAGCAAACAGAAUGA